AUGUCUAACUUGGAAAGCAGAGGGCAGCGCCCGUACAAAGCAUGGUGGAUUGCCGGCGUAGCUGUGCUUGUAGCAGUUGUAUCUUUGAUCGUUGCGCGCCGCGCGGAGUUUUCAAACCACAUUGAUCUGUUGCUCGAUUCCAUGGAUGAGCCAUUGAACCGGCUCAAGCAGACAGGUCUUCCGUACGGGAAUAUCAUGCCACCCGAUAUCCGUGAGCAAAUGGAAAAAAUGUUGGGAAGUGCGCGUAAGUGGUAUGAGACGCAGGACUUUAAAGUCGGGCGUGAACUUGCGAAGAAAGGAGCAGAACCACAUCAUCCUGUUGUGCUGCUGCCAGGGAUCGUCAGCACAGGCCUCGAGUCAUGGAGCACAAGUGAGGAGCAGUCGCCAUUUUUCCGGAAAAGACUGUGGGGGUCGACUUCGAUGAUCCAGCGUGCGUUGUUCGAUAAGGACCACUGGGUACGCAACUUGAUGCUCGAUCCGGCCACGGGUUUAGACCCUGAAGGCACUCGGGUUCGCGCCGCUCAGGGACUCGAUGCUGCCAGCUAUUUUGCAGCUGGCUACUGGGUAUGGAGCAAGAUCAUUGAGAACCUUGCAGCGGUAGGCUAUGACAUCAACCAGCUGUACUUGGCAAGCUACGACUGGCGUCUUAGUAUGUUCAACUUGGAGGAGCGUGACCGGUUCUUUUCUCGCAUCAUGUCACAAAUUGAGUUUCAUACAUUAGCUUAUGGAAAAAAGACUGUGCUUAUCAGUCAUAGCAUGGGCGGAACAGUGGCACUGUAUUUCCUCAAGUGGGUUGAAAGGAAGCGCGGAUCGUCGUGGAUCGACGAGCAUCUAGAGGCGUUUGUCAAUCUAUCUGGCACGCUGCUUGGCGUGCCAAAGGCGAUGCCUGCGCUCAUGACAGGUGAAAUGCGCGAUACGGUCCAAGCACCGGCCAUGUUGGCAUACCUGUUGGAGCGUUUUUUUAGUGCACAGGAACGUGCCGAGCUAUUCCGCAGCUGGGCAGGCAGUGCAAGUCUGAUUCCAAAAGGCGGGAAUGCCGUGUGGGGCGACGAGCAUGGCGCGCCAGAUGAUUUGGCCAAUGCGACCAAGACGCAUGGGAUUAUGAUGGAAUAUGCUGAGCGGCAUUCGCACGGGAAUGAGACACGGCCCUCUAGGAAACUGAGUGUGGAUGAGGUCUACCCAUGGCUUCGCAUGCAUAGUGACAAACACUUCCAGAAGAUGCUGCACUCGAACUACUCAUUCGGGAUCGAGCGUGAUCCAGCCGCAGAUCCAGGCGAAUAA